CUUCCCUCCACAAACCAAACAUUCAAGCUCUUACCAUUUAUUCUCUACUAACACAACAAUGGCUUCUACUCUGCAAAAUCUGAUUCUGACCACAAUUUUUCUGGUAAGCCUGCUUCUUGGAUGUACAGAGGAAGUAAGCGGAAUGCGUUACAUUCCCAACUCCCCCACUCCGAGUGAGAGCAAACAUUCAGACUUUCUUGUGAACAUGGUGCCUCAACCAUCUGGUCUCAUUCCUGGUUUUGGAAGGUUCUUGCUUCCUCCCACACCUAAGCUUCCAUUCCUUCCUUACAAAGAUCCCCUUGCUGCUGCCCCAACCACUUCUCAUGGAAUUCCUAUUUGUUUUUCUCCAAACCCUGGAUAUAAAGCUCGCAGUCCGAGUUCAAGAGAAGAUCAAGUUCCACCAGUGCCACAACCAUGACCUGUCAACAAAUAAGCAUUUGCUAGAUACAAAAGAGUCUUCAAUUCUGGUUUACACAACAAGUUUACUAGUCAUUUCAUCAGAGUCAUAUAUCUUUGUGAUCUCUCUCUAUCUCUUCUAAGUAAGAUAUUGAAUGAAUUUUAGAGCUUUUG